AUGAGUUACUACCGCUCAGACUCACAAACGGAUCACAUUUUGACCAAUUUAGUGACAAAUGUUAUUAGUGCCAAUACAUCAAAUUUUACGAAUCAUAGUGAAGUGACACAGACGCAUGUGUUUGAUUUGUAUGAAGCGUUCAGAACCAAGGAGAGCGAGCAACUGAGUGCAUACAGAUCCGUCGCCUACGUGUUCGGAGCUAUUAUAUUUCUAAGCAAUUUGACUGUGGUGGUUUCUAGCGGUCUUAUACUUAGAAAAGGUCAACAACCAAAGAGCACAUACCUCUUGCUCGGGAAUGUCUCACUCGCCGAUACCAUCAUCGGUAUCUCCAUCAUAUUUGGGGCUAGUGUAGAAAACACUACGAGCUCUAAUCCACUAUGUAUAUUUCAAAUAGGUAUGCUUGUUUGCCCAGCGAUGGUGUCAAUCUUCAGCGUGGGAAUGAUUGCUGUGGACCGUUAUAUCUACAUAUUACACGGACUCUAUUAUCAAAGAUGGUUCAAUACCACUAAAGUGAGGAUAGGCAUACUUUGCAUAUGGAUGAUCGGAGUGACCCUUGGAUUUAUGCCCGCUAGCGGAUGGGUGAACAAGGAGAUGAUGAUUGAUUCUAAAUGCUCCUACGUUUCUUUAUUCCCUGGAAUGCUCAUUCUACUGAAUUCUCUCUUAAGUAUAGUACCUAUUAUACUCGUCGCUGUGUUGUAUUCCAUAAUCCUCGCGCAGGCUUUGAAAAACGUAAAUCAAAUUAAUACAACUAAGAAAACUGUUAGAACAAAAUCGCCCAACGAUGAUCCAGAAAUAAGAAUAUACCGCGGUAACAAAACUGCAGUUCAUUCAGUAAAAUUCGUACCAAAAGAAAAUAAAACAACAAUCAAAAGAAGCGCUUCGUUUGACACAAUUGAUGUUUUUAAUAAAUCGUAUAAAUUAAAAGCGCCAAAAAAUAUAUCGAAAAGUAUACAUAACUUAAGCUCUAACAAGGAAGACAAGGAAAAAACUAAAAACGAUAAGGACUACGCGAUCUCUACAAAUGGACACUUGUUAAAUUUAAGUACUUGCACAAUUAGUUCUUCUACUAUUCUAAACGAAUCCAUAUCUGACAUAAAACCAUACACAAUCGCUAAAGCUAUAACGAACUGCAAAUUGCGUUGUAUAGAAAAAGUGAAGGAGCCGAACAAAUGGAGAGCCGUUAUUAUAGUAAUGCUGACAACGGGUAGCUUUGUAUUUACGUGGAUUCCAUUUUUUAUUACAGUUAUAUUUUAUGUAUUCUGCGAAGAGAAAUUGAUAAAUCCCAAAUGCAUGGACUUAAGAAUAAUGCUUGGAGGUCCGAUAGCUGUUUUAGCAUUUUGUAACAGUAUACUAAAUCCUUUAAUAUACGCCUGGUGGCAUAAAGGAUUCCAACGGACUAUAAAGAUGUAUUUUCAAAAGUAUUUGAAAAGUAUUAUUAAGAAAUCUUAA